GGGGCUCCCGGGGGAUAAAUCAUCGCUGAGCGGGGCAGGAGUUGGUUUUAGGUGCUUAGGUUCACUUCCAGGUCCGCUUUCCAAGGAUACUCUCCGGCUUUCCCAGGAUCUGUCAAGGCUGGGAGGGAACACAGGCAUCUGGGCCAGCCUGUUCAAGCAGGGAGCACAGGACACAGGAUUGUGUUCAGACGGUUCUGGAAUAACUCCAGCCUCUCUGGGCAGGCUGUUCCAGUGCUCAGUCACAUGCACAGCAAAUAAGUUCUUCCUCGUGUUCAGGUGGGACAUCCCGGGCAUCAGUUUCUGCCCGUUGUUUCUCAUCCUGGUGGGUGGCUGCACCAAGAAGAGCUCAAAACCAUCUUUUUGAUGUGCAUAUCUAAAUGUUUAUCUCUCUCCAGCCUCUGGGAGCAUUGUUUUGAAGAAUGUCUGGAAGUUUCUACUUCGUGAUAGUUGGUCAUCAUGAUAAUCCCAUAUUUGAAAUGGAAUUUCUGCCUCCUGGAAAAGUAGAGUCAAAGGAUGAUCAUCGCCAUCUCAACCAGUUCAUUGCCCAUGCUGCUCUUGACCUCGUGGAUGAGAACAUGUGGCUUUCUAACAACAUGUAUUUGAAGACUGUGGACAAGUUUAAUGAAUGGUUUGUUUCUGCUUUUGUCACAGCUGGACAUAUGAGAUUUAUAAUGCUUCAUGAUGUAAGGCAAGAAGAUGGAAUUAAGAACUUCUUUACUGAUGUGUAUGAGUUGUAUAUAAAGUUUGCAAUGAAUCCAUUUUAUGAACUCAAUACUCCUAUUCGAUCCACUGCCUUUGAAAGGAAAGUCCAGUUCCUUGGGAAGAAACACCUUUUAAGCUGAAUAAAUAAAUCUCCUGAGUGAGUGCUUUUUCCCUGCUUUCCUGAUUGUUUGAACUGUAUGUCAUCUGGUUAGUCCCCUACAUGUUUUAUAUUCAUCUUCUGAAGACUGACUAAUUGGAUGCUGAAGCAGCUUUUUCUUUUGCUGAUAUAGAUAAGAACAGCCAAGCUUCUCUGGUUAAAAAGGUAUAUCUCAAGAAGCUUCCUUUUAUAUUAUAUGUAAAUGAAGUUUUAAACUAUCAGAAGCUGCAAAGGUACAAAUGAAGAAACUGGGACAUUAUGUAUUAAUGCAUGUGCAAAGUGUAAGCCUCUGACAUAGGUUGGGAGGAAAUUGGAUCUAAAUGCAAAAGAUGUUACCAAUCAUCUUCUUUAGUAUGAGCAAAAGGGAAUUCUUGACUGUUUGGCCUAAGUGCUUAAUUUUAUGACAAACUUAACUAGUUGUAUUCCUUCAGUAGAGAACUCACUCUGCAGACUAACCAGACUAAUAUUACACUCUGUGGUAGUAAAUCAAGCCUCUAUUUAUUCAUAUGUAAUUGUAUGUAUAUAAAUUACUCAAUAAAAAAUUGAUAGAUCAGAAAAGCUGUCUUCAUACUUCAAGAAAAUCUGAGGAAAACCCCUAAGGUUUAUAAGUGUGUAAUUUCAAAUUUUCUAUGCAUUUAGUGCAAUACACAUUUAGCUGCAGUGUUGCAUCAAUGAAUGAAGUAGACCAGAACAGCCAGAUUUGCCUUGACAUUAAUUCAAAUUCACACAUGAAAAAAAGCCCAAACUAAAUUUACAUGUUUAAACCCAUGGGUUUUUUCCCAAUAUUUCUGCAACUGCUGAAACUUUCUUUUUGUAAAUAAAUUUAGAGGAGGAUCUUUGAACCAUGAAAGUGUAUUUGUUGAGGUUUCAGAAAGGCAUUAUUUGGCCUGGCUCCUAGUCCAUUGUAAAAGCUUAUAGGAGCCAUUUUGCAAAACUUAACAUCAUUCCAAACCAGUAAUUUUUAAACAGAUCAUUUGGCAUAUAUGUACCUAAUGCUUUGUCUGGGUUUAAAAUCUUAAGUAUUCUGUGUCUUUAUGCAGCAAAUCUGUAUAAGCUCUGUUGUACUUUUUUUUUUUCACUGUCUGAAAAGUAAUUUCCAAAGGAAGUGGCAUGCUGUUCUAAGAAGUAUUUUGCAUAGUCUGUAUAAUUAAGGGGACCACGUGUGUAUGUGCUGUAAGUCAGUCAUUAUUUCUGCACUUACUGCUAAGUUGUCACUGUAAAAUGUUCCAUGAGAAAAAAGGACAUGAUAAAGAGGUUGCAAUACUUACCUUAAAUAAAACAUGAAAUGUUGUAGUAUG